GUACUGUAUGUAGGCUGGACGGAGGAUGGAGUGUGGAGAGGUGUGAGCCGGGGAGAAGAGCCUGAGAUGUUUUAUUACUGGAAUGAUCUGAAUGUGAAGAGAAAAUCUGGGUCUCUCCAGAUAUUCCUAAUUCUCAGUACCUGCCAUGCAUCAGAUACCCUGAAGUAGCUAUCCAGCGAGAGGCGAGACCCGCGCGGAGGGGAGAGAGGAAGGCUGCGACCGCCCUGCUGCUCCGAGCCCGGCCGGACUGGAGCCGAGAGGGGGUGAGGGGCCCCGACGAGGAAGCGGGAGGGGCUGGGCUUCCUGCCCUGCCUGCGGACAGCCCCUCCGAGAAGCCCACCGCCAGGCGGACGGCGCCUCUCCGCAGCCAGCCUUUGGAGCACCGCGAGCCGGGAGGCGAAGGAUGGUGGUGGCCCGGCCAGCCGGCUGCGGGGCAGCGCUCUGGCUCUGGAUUGUCGGCGGCGUCCUCUGCAGAGCCCGGACGGCGCCCGCCACGUCGCAAAAAUGUGAUGAGCCCCUGGUGUCUGGCCUCCCCCACGUCGCCUUCAGCAGCUCAUCCUCCAUGUCUGGGAGCUACUCUCCUGGCUACGCCAAGAUCAACAAGCGAGGGGGUGCUGGGGGAUGGUCUCCAUCAGACAGUGACCAUUACCAAUGGCUGCAGGUUGACUUUGGCAAUCGGAAGCAGAUCAGUGCCGUGGCGACCCAAGGAAGAUACAGCAGCUCGGACUGGGUGACCCAGUACCGCAUGCUCUACAGUGACACUGGGAGAAACUGGAAACCUUAUCAUCAAGAUGGGAAUAUCUGGGCAUUUCCUGGCAACGUCAACGCCGACAGUGUGGUCCGGCACGAUCUGCAGCGCCCGGUGGUCGCCCGCUACGUGCGCAUCGUGCCCCUGGACUGGAACGCAGAGGGGCGCAUCGGGCUGAGGGCCGAGGUCUACGGCUGCGCGUACUGGGCUGAUGUUAUCAACUUUGACGGCCAUGUUGUGUUACCGUAUAGAUUCAGAAACAAGAAGAUGAAAACUCUGAAAGACGUCAUUGCCUUGAAAUUUAAAACCUCUGAGAGUGAAGGGGUGAUCUUGCACGGGGAAGGCCAGCAAGGGGAUUAUAUCACUUUGGAACUGAAAAAAGCCAAGCUGGUCUUCAGUUUAAACCUAGGAAGCAACCAGCUUGGCCCCAUAUAUGGCCACACGUCCGUGAUGACAGGAAGUCUACUGGACGACCACCACUGGCACUCUGUGGUCAUUGAGCGCCAGGGCCGGACCAUCAACCUCACCCUGGACAGGAGCGUGCAGCAGUUUCGCACCAACGGGGAGUUCGACUACCUGGACUUGGACUAUGAGAUCACCUUCGGAGGCAUCCCCUUCUCUGGCAAGCCAAGCUCCAGCAGCAGAAAGAAUUUCAGAGGCUGCAUGGAAAGCAUUAACUACAAUGGCAUCAACAUCACUGAUCUCGCGAGAAGGAAGAAGCUGGAGCCGUCAAAUGUGGGAAAUUUGAGUUUCUCCUGUGUGGAGCCCUACACGGUACCUGUCUUUUUCAAUGCCACCAGUUACCUGGAGGUGCCCGGACGGGUUAACCAGGACCUGUUAUCAGUAAGUUUCCAGUUCAGGACUUGGAACCCCAAUGGUCUCCUGCUUUUCAGUCAUUUUGCGGAUAACUUGGGCUACGUGGAGAUCGACCUCACCGAAAGCAAAGUUGGUGUUCACGUCAACGUCACGCAGACCAAGAUGAGCCAAAUCGAUAUUUCCUCAGGUUCUGGGUUGAAUGAUGGCCAGUGGCAUGAGGUCCGCUUCCUGGCAAAGGAAAAUUUUGCUAUUCUCACUGUCGAUGGAGACGAGGCGUCAGCAGUUCGGACUAACAGUCCUCUUCAAGUGAAGACCAGCGAGAAGUACUUUUUUGGAGGUUAUCUGAACCAGAUGCAUAACUCAAGUCACUCUGUCCUUCAGCCUUCAUUCCAAGGCUGCAUGCAGCUCAUUCAAGUGGAUGAUCAGCUUGUGAAUUUAUCUGAAGUGGUGCAAAGGAGGCCAGGAAGUUUCGCGAAUGUCAGCAUUGAUAUGUGCGCCAUCAUAGACAGAUGUGUGCCCAAUCACUGUGAGCAUGGUGGGAAGUGCUCGCAAACGUGGGACAGCUUCAAAUGCACUUGUGAUGAGACGGGAUACAGUGGGGCCACCUGCCACAACUCCAUCUACGAGCCUUCCUGUGAAGCGUACAAACACCUCGGCCAGACGUCCAACUACUACUGGAUAGAUCCCGAUGGCAGCGGACCUCUGGGGCCUCUGAAAGUUUACUGCAACAUGACAGAGGACAAAGUGUGGACCAUAGUGUCUCACGAUUUGCAGAUGCAGACGACGGUGGUGGGCUACAACCCAGAAAAAUACUCGGUGACGCAGCUCGUUUACAGCGCCUCCAUGGACCAGAUCAGCGCCAUCACCAGCAGCGCUGAGUACUGUGAGCAGUACAUCUCCUACUUCUGCAAGAUGUCGAGGUUGUUGAACACCCCAGACGGAAGCCCUUACACCUGGUGGGUCGGCAGAGCCAACGAGAAGCACUACUACUGGGGAGGCUCGGGCCCGGGCAUCCAGAAGUGCGCCUGCGGCAUCGAGCGGAACUGCACGGACCCGCGGUUCUACUGCAACUGCGACGCCGACUACAAGCAGUGGAGGAAGGACGCUGGCUUCUUAUCCUACAAAGAUCACCUGCCAGUAAGCCAGGUGGUGGUUGGAGAUACUGACCGGCAAGGCUCAGAAGCCAAACUGAGUGUGGGUCCCCUGCGCUGCCAAGGAGACAGGAAUUACUGGAAUGCUGCCUCUUUCCCAAACCCAUCAUCGUACCUGCAUUUCUCGACUUUUCAAGGAGAAACUAGUGCCGACAUUUCCUUCUACUUCAAAACUCUGGUCCCCCGGGGAGUGUUUCUUGAAAAUCUGGGGAACACAGAUUUCAUCAAACUCGAGCUGAAAUCUGCCACGGAAGUGUCCUUUUCAUUUGAUGUCGGAAAUGGGCCAGUGGAGAUUGUGGUCAGGUCGCCCUCCCCGCUCAAUGAUGACCAGUGGCACCGGGUCACAGCGGAGAGGAACGUCAAGCAGGCCAGCCUGCAGGUGGACCGGCUGCCCCGGCAGGUCCGCAAGGCCCCCACGGAGGGCCACACCCGCCUGGAGCUCUAUAGUCAGCUGUUUGUUGGUGGUGCCGGAGGCCAGCAGGGCUUUCUGGGCUGCAUCCGCUCCCUGAGGAUGAAUGGGGUGACACUGGACCUGGAGGAAAGAGCAAAGGUCACGUCCGGGUUCAAAUCUGGGUGCUCAGGCCACUGCACCAGCUAUGGGGCGAACUGUGAGAAUGGAGGCAAAUGCAUAGAGAAGUACCAUGGAUAUUCCUGCGAUUGCUCCCACACAGCGUAUGAUGGGACAUUUUGCAACAAAGAUGUGGGUGCAUUUUUUGAAGAGGGGAUGUGGCUCCGGUAUAACUUCCAGGCGUCCGGGGUCGGUGCCAGGGAAUCGGGCGGCAAGUUGGAGAGCUCACCGGACCCCGCGGCCCCGGACCUGGCCCGCGAGGAGAUCCACCUCAGCUUCAGCACCACCAAGGCGCCCUGCAUCCUCCUCUAUGUCAGCUCCCUCACCCCUGACUUCCUGGCGGUGCUCGUCAAACCCACCGGAAGCUUACAGGUUCGGUACAACCUGGGUGGCACCAGGGAGCCAUAUAAUAUCGACGUUGACCACAGGAACAUGGCCAAUGGACAGCCUCACAGUGUUAACAUCACCCGUCACGAGAAGACCGUCAUUCUCAAGCUUGAUCAUUAUCCUUCUGUGAGUUACCAUCUGCCAAGUUCAUCGGACACACUGUUCAACUCUCCCAAGUCGCUCUUUCUAGGAAAAGUUAUAGAAACGGGGAAGAUUGACCAAGAGAUUCACAAGUACAACACCCCGGGAUUCACUGGGUGCCUCUCCAGAGUACAGUUCAACCAGGUUGCCCCACUCAAGGCGGCCUUGAGACAAACAAACGCCUCUGCCCACGUGCACGUUCAGGGCGAGCUGGUGGAAUCCAACUGCGGGGCCUCCCCGCUCACCCUCUCCCCCAUGUCGUCCGCCACCGACCCCUGGCACUUAGACCACUUGGAUUCAGCCAGUGCUGAUUUUCCGUAUAAUCCAGGACAAGGCCAGGCUAUAAGAAAUGGAGUCAACAGAAACUCGGCCAUCAUCGGAGGGGUCAUUGCCGUGGUGAUUUUCACCAUCCUCUGCACCUUGGUCUUCCUCAUUCGGUACAUGUUCCGUCACAAGGGCACCUACCACACCAAUGAAGCGAAGGGAGCAGAGUCAGCAGAGAGCGCAGACGCCGCCAUCAUGAACAACGACCCCAACUUCACAGAGACCAUUGAUGAGAGCAAAAAGGAGUGGCUCAUUUGAGGGGUGGCUCUUUGGCUGUGGGAUGGGGAGGGGGGAUUACUCGGAGGGAAAGGGACAGUAGCACCCUACUUCAUACUCCUGAGCACAUCCUUAAAAUAUCAGCACAAGUUGGGGGAGGCAAGCAACAGAAAGUCCCUGAGACUGAUUGCCACAAAAGAUACUUUUUGAUAUUUCUUUAUAGCUGAGUUUCCCCUUCUGUAUCAAAACAAAAUAAUACAAAAAAUGCUUUUAGAGUUUAAGCAAUGGUUGAAAUUUGUAGGUAAUAACUGUCUUAUUUUGUGUGUGUUUAGAGGUGUUCUAAAAACCCAUGGUAACAGGGCGCGUUUUCUACAUUUUUCAGAGCCCUUAGAAUUGGGGUAUUUUUUCUGGAGAAAAGCUGAUGCACGUACACAUGGCCUCCAGCAUUCUCUCUCCCUUCUGCAUAGAGUCAACCUCUAAUGGGCUAUUGGAGUAACUAGUUUGUGUUCCUAUGAUAUUAAUUUUGGUGUCCUGUGAAUUGGAAAAGGAAAGCAAGGGUCAGAGAGAACCUAUGAGUUGCCAGUUUUCAGAGACCUCCGUCUAUGCCAGUUCUCAGAGAGUUCCUGCCCUAAGCAGCUGAAGAGAGAGAGGGUGGGGCCAGCGUAAUUAGCACAGCCACGAGAAGCUUUAAGGGCCCGGGACGCAGUUUCCUGUUGGGGUUGUUGGUUUUAUUUUCCACUGGAUUCUACGAGAUAAUAUUGUCCCAUAUAUAGUCCUAGACUCAGCCAGUGUCAAUCCCUGGAGACCAGCUGUCACAAAAGACCUUCCCUCUGCUUUACCCACGACGAGUCGGGUUAAUUGUGCGCGUGUGAGCAGCUUGGGGGGGAUGCGAGCCAGAUGUGAGGGUUUGUUUGCUCCGUGUCUCCUGUGGUCGGUUAGCAAGAGCAUGGGGACCGUCUAGCGAAUGCGUGAGUUAGGUUGUGCUGCUUGUUCUGCUUUCCAUCCCUAGCUUUUAAGACCCUGUGACAAAAUCCUAGCAGACAGUGUCCCCUGAAUGGACGCACCAAAAUAAAGCCAG